AUGGAGCAAGCUGAACAAAGACGUCAAGAUUAGAUUAAUUAGUUAAGCGGGUCACGGAGGUUUAUUUCAGCCUCUACCCAGCACUGCCAGCUUCAGGCUCGCGCCCUAUGCACCGGCUCUGUAGCUCACUCCAUUUUCUGUCGACGUCACCAAAAAAUGGUGACGUCGCCAUCUAACAGGGAGACUCACCCAGGUACUCCUUGAUCAGGGGUCUAGUGACCCGGCGCCGUCCUUUCGGGGAGGGAGAAAAGUAGCCUCCCGGAGUCUCCUUCAGGUCCCCGAAGCUCCACACAUAAAGAUCUUCCUCACCUCCCUUCUAGUCCUGAAGUUUGACUCCUGAUACAUCGGCUCUGGUCUUCUUGUCUUUGUGAGAGGUAAAAAACCUUGUCGUGGUGUCCCGACCAAGGUAAAAAAACCCACCCUGGACACAAUAUCCAGGCCCCGUUUACUUCUUAACCCCGUAAUCCCUGAGGGUACAGGAGAAGGACGGGUCGGAUGGCUCGCCAUUUUAAUUGUUAGACGUCAAGAAGAAGCCAAAACUUCCACCCUCGGUGACCCAGACUACCCUUUAACUGAAGACAUGGAGGUAUCAAUAACCUAGGACGUCACCUAUCUAAAUGCCCGGUUCACCAAAAUCGAAAAUCUCAAUCUCUGUCCUAAUCUCUUAAGACUCUGUCUCCGUCGGAAUUUAAUAACGAAAAUUGAAGGUCUAGAGCAUGUUCCUCAACUAGAAGAGCUUGAACUUUACGACAACAGAAUACAAAAGAUCGAGAAUCUUUCAUCCUUGCAAAACCUAAAGUAUUAAAUAUUCAGAAUCCUUGACUUGUCAUAUAACCUCAUCAAAGAAAUUGAAGGCUUAGAAAAUCUUUUGUCGCUGAGAAAAAUGUUUUUGGUUGCAAAUAGGAUCAAAAAAAUCCAAAAUUUAGAGAGCCUGGUAAGUCUGGAAACGUUAGAUCUUGGAUCUAAUAAAAUUGCAGUAAAAAUCAUAUAGAAAAUUGAAGGAAUCCAUAAUUUGACUAAUUUGACUGAGCUGUGGCUAGCGAAAAAUAGGAUAACUGAGAUAGAAAAUCUUGACAAUUUGACGAAUUUAGAAGUUUUGUCAUUGGCUGCGAAUAAACUUACAACGAUUUCAAAAUUAGGAGCUCUGACGAAGCUAAAUCAACUAUUGUUGAAUGAAAAUUUCAUUGUGGAGAUUGGGGGACUUGAAAGUUUGGCUGAGCUGGAAUUGCUGGAUUUAUCUGAUAAUAAAAUAGUUCAGCUUAAAAAUCUCGACCAUCUGCAAUGCUUGGAAGAUUUGUGGCUUACAGCUAAUAAAAUUGAAAAUUUCAGCGACCUUGACUAUCUCUCAAGAAUUCCAAGCUUGAAAACAAUUUAUUUAGAAAGAUGUCCUGUCUAUUUUUAUCCAAAUUAUAAGAUGAGGAUUAGAGAAGUCUGCCCAAAUAUCAAACAGAUAGAUGCAGUAGCAGUUAACUAA